AUCAAGCUACGGAUAUUGAUAGUGGCCCCGAGAGCAAAAUACUGGUAAAAAAUAAUUUUACUUCAAAAACAACAGAUCUAUAGUUACCGUUUUUACAGAGCUUAGAUGACAUUAAAGAUAUUCCGGAUUUUGCCAGCCUGUUUAGUCUGCGUAAAGUAAAAGACCGUACCUUCAAGAAGUGCAACAGUUCCGAAGUAGAGUACCGCAUUCAAAUUGCCUUGCUUCCACGCAUUUUUUCCAAAGAAGAGACCGUUGUUCUCAUGCCACUGGUGCUGGAGGCGGUUCUUCAGAUGUGUCUGGAAUCGUUUAAUCUUUCCGAACGCAUUAACAUCUCCGUUCGUUGUCAAACGCUGGAUAACCCCAUCUACUUAUCUAUGCGUAAACUGUCGGAUUUUAAUAUUGCCGAUCUCGUUGCUGCCUUCACCAAGGCCAACUUGGGGCGAACUGUUCUGGAUGAUACGUUCACCAUUCGUAUCUUUCGCACUGUUAUGCCUAGCGGCGGAUCUUGGAAAAGAAAACACCGUCACAUCGCCAGAGACGCAAAGCGGUUCUGUAAGUCGAUCGUUACUGUACGUGCUGAUGAUAAUCUUUGCUUACCGGCGGCGCUUUACCUUGGAAAAUACCGUUUGACGCAUGACGUACAAGAUCAGUACAAGAACCAAUGGAAGCACUUAUACAGCAAAGACGGUGUAACAAAGUUGACUGCUCAUGCCAAAGAAAUUGUUCAGUUGUGUGACUUACCGACCGGGCGUCCGUGCGACCUUGACGACUUGGCAGCCAUACAAGAAGAAUGCUUUCCGGAUUACCAAAUCAAAGUAAUUUCCGCCGAUCAUGGUAACGUUGUCAUUGCUCGUAUACCGGAGAAGAAAGAACCCCAGAUGCAGGAAAUAUACGUGCUGUUGGAAGAUAAUCAUUUUGACCUGGUCCCUACUGUUAAUGGGAUUUUCAAUUCCUCUUACUAUUGCGGUGACUGCGACUUACCAUACAGCAACAAAGAGCGACAUCUAUGUGGGGCGAAGUGUCGAUACUGCUACCGCCCUACAGGUGAUUGUGUUCCAGGUACUCGCAUUCAAUGUGAGCACUGUCGUCGUUGCUUCAAUAACCAAGCGUGCUUUGAUAUCCACAAAACCACUCGUCGCAACGGAAAGACUUUCUGUGAGCAGCUGUUCUACUGUGUCAACUGCAAACAGUUCGUUAGUCUCUUGUUUCGCAAGGAUGCCAAGCACCAAUGUGGGGAAAUGUAUUGUACAUUAUGCCAGGAAUGGGUGCAACAAGCCACGCACAAAUGUUUUUUGAAAACUUUUCCAAAGCCGUUGCCUCCAUCACCUGACCGCCCCAAGCCGGAAACGCACUAUAUCUUUUUCGACUACGAGACGUUCAACGAUCCAGUUAACGGCCACACUCCAGCUUGCGUCGUUGCCCAAUACGAGGAUGGAACAGAGUUUCGCUUCCCAGCCGAUGGACAGCCGAUGACUUUAGACGUUGGCCGCCAGUUCGGUGAAUGGCUGUUUUUGGAACAGCAUCGUAACCACACCAUUAUCGCGCAUAAUUUUCGAGGUUACGACGGCCACUUUGUUCUCAAGCAUCUUUUGGACAACAAGUUGAGGGGUGUUGAGGUCAUCAAACGGGGAAAUCAGCUACUGCAACUCCGGUACCGCUCACUGAACAUAACCGCUCGUGAUACUUUGAGCUUUUUGCCCAUGCGCCUCAGCAGCCUGCCUAAGGCGGUCGGUCUUGACGUUGCCGUAAAGAAGGGCGACUUUCCGCACAAUUUGAACCAUCCCGACAACUGGGACAAGAUCCUGCCCUGGCCUGAGCCGGAAAUGUACAUGUUCGACGGUAUGAAACAGAAAGAGAAGCAAGAAUUCCUCAAAUGGCACGCCGAAGCCAAAGAAGCUGCUAACGGUUGUUUUGACUUCCGCGCUGAGAUUAUGUCCUACUGCUCCAAUGACGUCACCGUACUGCGACUGUGUGCACUCAAGUUCGUACAGGAUUUUACUGCUCUCACGUGUCUGAACCCGCUGGAUAGUAUCACCAUGUCGUCAGCCUGUAAUCGUUACUACCGUACAUAUCACUUGGAACCGGAAAAAAUAGCAGCACUCUCCGCCCAUGGCCCACACCGCAACCGUCGCACCAGUAUUCAAGCCACGCAGUGGUUAGAAGUUUUGAAUCGUGCCGCCAAUGGACAUAUUCAGCAUGGCCGAAACGGUAAAGAAGUCAAGAUUGGUCCGUACUUUGUUGACGGUUUGGAUGCCACUACUCGUACAGUAUACGAGUAUAACGGCUGUGUGUUCCACGGCCACCCAGAGUGUACCGAACCCGAAGACCGAUCGCCAUUCUCUCGCAAGCUCAUGCGUGAAGUGCACGAAGAGUAUGUGGAUCGUGUACGAUACCCGGAGGAUGAAAAUUACACUGUUACCACAAUGUGGGAGUGCCAGUGGCUGAAAGAGCGCCAGGAGACAGAAAUCGCCGCCUUCCUAUCUACACAAAACCUCCGUGAGCCGCUCAACCCGCGAGAAGCAUUCAAAGGAGGCCGCACUAACGCCAGUCGUUUGUUCUAUGAAAUACAACCCGGAGAAAAGAUUCUCCACUAUGACGUCGUGAGUCUGUAUCCCUUCGUUAACAAGACCAAGCCUUACCCCAUCGGACACCCAGAAAUUAUCCUUUCGGAUUUUAAAGAUGUCAGGGAGUACAACGGUUUGCUGUACUGCAAAGUGCUGCCGCCCUCAAAGUGCCGGUAUCCUGUGCUGCCACUAACCAUUAACAAGAACCUUGUCUUUGCGUUGUGCCGCACCUGCGCCGAGACACAAAGCAAGGAAUUCUGCCGCCACUCGGACGCGGAACGCUGUCUUGAUGGCGUCUGGACCACCCCCGAGCUACACCACGCUCUCGAUCGCGGUUAUGCUGUACAAACGGUGCAUGAAGUAUGGCACUGGGAGAAAAUGGAGGCCGGCGUGUAUGCUGCGUACAUGAAUAAAUUUCUUAAAGUCAAGUUGGAAGCCAGCGGUUGGCCGAGCUGGUGCAAGACACAACGGCAGAAGGACGAUUUCAUACGUCGGGUCAAAGAGCGAGAAGGCAUUGAUCUUGACCCUGAGGCUAUGCUUUACGAUGCAGGUCGGCGCAAUGUGGCGAAGAACUGUCUCAAUUGCUUGUGGGGCAAGCAGGGUCAACAAGACGACAUGUCACGGACAAAGCUCAUCUACAAAGUGAAGGAUUACGUAGACUUGAUCCGCUCCAAAGCGGUCGAAAUCCUGGACGUGUUUGCAAUAAAAGACGCAUGUCGUAUGGUAACCUACCGGCAAAGUGACGAUUACAACGAAGGUAGCAAUGCAACCAACGUUGCGGUGGCUGCGUUUACGACAGCCCAUGCCCGCCUUGUGUUGCUGGCCCUGAUGGAGAAGUUGGACGACCGCCUCAUGUACUACGACACCGACUCCGUUGUAUUCCUCCACCACCCUGGAGACUGGCUGCCGGAGACGGGGAGCAUCCUGGGCGACUGGGACGACCAGUUGCAAGCCGGCGAGAGCCAUAUCGUCAAGAUUGUGUCAUGCGGUCCAAAGGUCUACAGCUACGAAACCGACACGGGCCACAUCGAAUUGAAAGCCAAGGGGAUCGAGCAAAGUGGAUACACUGAAGGUAUCCUGGAUUUUGACGAAAUUACACAAUCCUUCACGCGCACGGGAAAGGCACUGGACUUUAACGCCUUGCAACGCCUUUUGGAUGGUACCGACAGCCAUGUGCAGGUUAUCUAUCCGCAGUUCAUUAAGCGGAACGGCAAGACCCAGGAGAUCAAUACUGUGCAGUUAUUUAAAAAGCUGCAGAUGGUCUACGAUAAGCGCAUGCUUUUUCCUGACUUUUCUACCUUGCCUUUUGGUACGAAGCAGUAAUUCAUUUUUGGGCGGCAAUCGGGUACUUUUUUG